UGGAGGAAGCGUGCGGGAGGGGGGGACAGAGCAGCAAAAGCAGGCAGCGGCAACAGUUUACGAACAAGAGCAGUUUCAGCUUCAGCAACCGAGAGAAGAAGGGCUUCCAUUUUUGUGUGUGUGUGUGUGCGCGCGCGCCAGUAUAAGGACCGAGUUGGCUACCGGGUCCAGCUGGGACAAAAAGGUGAACCUGAGUCCACAGAGCCGGGACAAAGUGAGCCUGAGUCCACAGAAGCGCCUGAGAGCAAAUUCCAGCAGACGAAAAUGAGCCUCUCAGUGUGCUCUAAGCCAGUAUGACGGGCUGAGGGCUCUUGGACUCAGGACUUUGCUCCGCUCUUUCUCUUUCUGCAGCUCUCCUGACAAAGGGAACCAGAGGAGGGGAGGACAAAAAAAAAGAAUCAAAGUACUCGCUUUCACUUUGUAAAGAAAGGACCCAGAUUCAAGAUGGAGGAGGGCUAUGAACUUGACCUGACGUAUAUCACAGAACGUAUCAUCGCUGUGUCCUUCCCGCGGGGAUGCUCAGAGGAGAUCUACUCCCAUAACCUCAAGGAUGUCACACGAAUGCUCAAGUCCAAGCAUGCAGAUAAUUAUCUGAUCAUCAACCUCUCAGAAAAAAGAAGUGAUCUGUCCAAAAUGAACCCAAAGAUCAUGAUGUGUUUGCAGACCCUUGAUACAGGUUGGCCAGAUCUACAUGCACCUCCACUGGAUAAAAUCUGUACAAUCUGCAAAGCCAUGGAGAGUUGGCUCAAUGCUGACCCACUACAUGUUGUGGUUAUACACUGUAGGGGUGGCAAGGGUCGAAUUGGUGUUGUCAUUUCAUCAUUUGUGCAUUUCACCGACGUGUCAGCCAGUGCUGAUCAGGCGUUGGACCGCUUCGCGAUGAGGAAAUACUACGAUGAUAAGGUAUCAGCUCUGAUGACACCCUCGCAGAAACGGUAUGUUUGGAUACUCAACAGUCUUCUCAGUGGAUCAAUGAAGAUCAACGCCUCGCCUUUGUUCCUGCACUGCAUCAUUCUUCAUGGGAUCCCGAACUUUGAUGCCACUGGAGUGUGUCGACCGUACAUCAAGGUCUACCAGGGAAUGCAGGCGGUGUAUUCGUCUGGAGUCUAUCACAUCGGUCCAGGCCACAGAGACCGUGUAUGCAUCACCUUAGAGCCUGCACAGCUUCUUAAAGGGGAUAUCAUGGUCAAAUGUUAUCACAAAAGUGAAAUUACCUCAGAUCGUGAGGUGAUUUUCCGGCUGCAGUUCCACACAGGAGCUGUACAAGGCUACAACCUGAUGUUUGAAAAAGAGGACAUGGAGACAGCUAACAAAGAUCCCAGAUUUCCAGAUUAUGGUAAAGUGGAGCUGGUGUUCUCCGAGGGACCAGAGAAGAUCCCAGGUGCCGACAGGUGGCAAAAUGGGGCAGAUGUUAUUGUGGACUACAACACAGCAGAUCCUCUAACCCGCUGGGACUCCUACCAAAACAUCUGUGAUGGCGAAGCGCCUCGCUCGCAAGGUCUAACCCAGGACAAAGGGCCAAACAAGAGGAGCCCCAACGGAGGAGAGGCCACGCUGGGCCGGGGGGCCCGCACGACCUCCGCCACCUCCAGCCCUGACCACAGUGACCACGCCCUUUCUGUCAGCAGUGACUCAGGUCUGUCGAGCACCUCUCUGUGGGCGGACAGACCCACGCCGACCACCACUGGCACCAUCAGGCCCAACCAGGGUCCCAGUCAGCAGGAAAAGGUCCAGCUGAAGCGCCUGCUAAGUGGCUUUGGUGUUGAGGACCCCUCUCUGGAGGAGAUGGAUGACCAAGGUCCUAGGGUGGGCACCCAGCAGAUAGUCCCAGCACAGGUGCACAUCAAUGGAGACCCCCGUCCUCGAGAGAGGGAAACAGACAUCCUUGAUGAUGAGGUCAUUACAGGUCAUGAUUUGCACAGUGUGGACAGCUUAGGUACUUUGUCAUCGUCUUGCCACAAGAGCAGCCAGAACUCCCUGCUUUCAGAUGGAUUUGGUAGUCCUGGAGGAGAGGAGCAACAAAAUCAAAGUCAGCAGCAGCUCCACCAUCCUGCACCUCUUUCCAUAGAGGAGUAUGACAGGCCAUAUGCUGAGACUAGAAGGGGCUGUCUAGGUUCCCGGAGCAACUCUGUGGCCUCUUCUAACCCCAGCAGUGCCCCCAUGACCAAGCAGCAUGUCUAUAGACAAGGAAGCUAUUCCACACAGUCCUGGGUUCGGCAGCAGCAGAUGGUUGCUGCACAGAAGUUUGCAUACAUGCCUGAGGAUGGAAAUGAUACAGAAAGGUAUGCAGGAAACAAGCAAGGGAGCAGUUCACCCAACACAGGCUUGCCUCGUGAACCACAGGGUCCUGCCAGGGACAUGACAGUGGAUGCUCUAAGAAACUCAGCAACUCACAAGGAACAGGCAACAAUAAACAAUAACAACAACAACAAACGGGACGAGGAGUUCAAAUCUCUGACGAUGGACAUUGACAACUCCAUCGACCAGCUCAACCAGCUGAUCAUGGACCUGGAUCCCACAUUCGUGCCGGUAUCAAGUCGCAGCAGCUCCAUUAAGAGAAGCGAUGGGACACACGUGAACGGCUCUGUCGGCAAAUGCUCCAACGGCAUCAAUCUCAGAUUUGACGAUAAUAACGAAGCAACCCUGAAAAACACACAGCAGACAGCUGUCCAGUCCAACGAGGGACGGGGGGGUGUCACACGGAGUCUGAGUCACCAGGAAAGUGAUGUCACAGAUCACCCAGGAUACUGUAGCUCAGGGUGGGGUGGGACAGACCCUUACAGAGGCCAGAGGACAUACUCUCCUUGCGUGCCACAGUCUCAGCAUCCCAUGUUGUACAGGACCGACAGUACUGAUUACAGGGCGCAGGGUCCUGACAUUGAUAGCGGGGUCGAAGCUGGUAGUGACAUGACUCCCCCCACCCCUGCCUUUCCCAUCUCUCCUCCGACACCUUAUGUGAAAACCAUGUCAGAAAUGAUGCAUCUCAGGCAAACUCCUUCUCCCAACAUGCAGUCCUAUGGGGGCUACAGAACGGAACAUGAACCCCGUGGAUACUCAGACGUGAUCGGUCACAUCGGAGUUGACGGUUUGCCAGACUCCUCCGUCAGCUGCCAUAGGACUUUAAGCGCCACACAUUCAGCCUCUAUGGCUGGGACCAUUCAGCGGACAGACAGCUCCUCAAUAAACCAGUCCUGGCCAGACCAUCCUGCCCUGACCCGCCAUUCGUCUCUGAGUAGCUACUCCUCUGCCAGGCAACCACCUCAACACUCCAUGUCAAUGGACUACGGCCACCACUCUCCCCCCCUUCACCAUCCUCACAUUCAUCCUGCUCCCAAUGCCCACAGCUCUCCUCGAAGCAGCCAGCGAAGCCGCAUGGCUCACUUCGCGCUCAGCCGCUGUCCCGCUCAAAGCUUCGACGAGCAGGACGACUCCGGCCUCGGCUACGGGACAGACUGUCUGACCUCCACCUCGUCUCUGCUUGGAAACAGGGGCAUGGACCGGGACCUGCUGACCCCAGUGGAAGGGCAGAGUCAGUCACAGCUGCAGCAAGUCAACCCUCCGCUUUUGCCUGAAAAGAAGAGGGCGUCAGAUGGCGAACAUUCACUGGGAACAGCCUCUCCUGCCCUUAGUGGGUUCUCAAGUCCCCACAGUGGGAGUUCUUUGAGUAUUCCCUUCCCCAAUGUUUUGCCAGACCUCUCAGCUCAGAUGCCCAGCUCAGCCUCACCUCUGCCAGAUGUACUGGCCAGCAAGCAGGUUACUGUAAAAUUUGUGCAGGACACAUCAAAAUUCUGGUACAAGCCUGAUAUCUCAAGGGAUCAAGCCAUUUCAGUCUUGAAAGACAAGGAGCCUGGCUGCUUCAUUGUAAGGGACAGCCAUUCUUUCAGAGGGGCCUAUGGGCUGGCAAUGAAGGUGGCAACCCCCCCACCCUCUGUUCUCCAGCAGACUAAGAAAGGAGGAGAUUUGUCCAAUGAAUUAGUGCGCCACUUCCUCAUUGAGUGUACACAGAAAGGAGUUCGGUUGAAGGGUUGUCCCAAUGAACCCUAUUUUGGAAGCCUAACUGCAUUGGUCUGCCAGCAUUCAAUCACUCCUUUGGCCUUACCCUGCAAACUUAUUAUACCUGACAGAGAUCCUUUAGAAGAUGUUGUGGAGAAUACGUCACAAUCAGUCACCAACUCUGCUGCGGAGCUGCUAAAACAGGGUGCAGCCUGUAAUGUGUGGUACCUGGGCUCUGUGGAGAUGGAGUCCCUGACGGGGACCCAGGCGGUGCAGAAAGCCACCAGUAUGACUCUGAGCUCCAACCCUCAAAUAACCUCCACUGUGGUGCAUUUCAAAGUCUCCUCCCAGGGAAUCACCCUCACGGAUAACCAGAGAAAGCUUUUCUUCAGGAGGCAUUACAACGUGAAUACGGUCAUAUUUUGUGCAUUGGAUCCACAAGACAGAAAGUGGAAAAUAGAUGGCUACCCCCCAGCGAAGAUCUUCGGCUUUGUGGCGAGGAAAACUGGCACUUCCACGGACAAUAUAUGUCAUCUGUUUGCAGAGCAUGAUCCUGAGCAGCCGGCAAGUGCCAUUGUCAACUUUGUGUCCAAGGUGAUGAUUGGCUCGCAGAGGAGUAAGUAGGCCUGACAUGGGAUGGAACGGAUCACAUGGGACAGAUGUUUUUUAUUUUCAUUUUUUAUUUUUUACUGAGAGGAGGAAAAAAAGAACUAAAGACAGAAAGAAAAACAGAAGGACUGAGGAUUGUCCUGGACAUUAAACCUGUACAUUCACAAUAAUCAGUUAUUAAGACCAGUACAUUCAGUAUCAUGUAAGAGAACAAUGUAAGCUUUGUUUUAUUUUGUUUUAUUGUUUUAUUCCAUGUAACAUGAACUCUAGAGUAGCCAAGAAAGAAAACAACACAAUUAUAACUGAUAGUGUCUUAAUAUCAUUUUCACUUUGUACAUAUUUUAAAUACAUAACCCAACGGCAGGCUUUUUUUUAUCAAAGUAUAGCAUUUUCUCGGGCCAAAUUAAGAAAAACCUAUCAUGUUGCAUGUAAUUUUCAGUCUAUUAUUUAACCAAAACAAGCUUCAUUUAACUUGUCUAUUCUUAUUAUCUUCUUUUACAUUAUAGCCAUUGUAGAAGGUCCUUUUUGCUGCCUCUGUCGGGCAUGCAGUGUCAAAUAUUAAUAUUCUGCAACUAGCCACAUCACAUACUGGUUUAUCUUAUAAUAUCUAUGCAAUGUAAAAGUCUAUUUUUUUAAAAUCAUCAGCCUGCUGUACAUGUAUAGCAUGUAUGUGGCUUCUCUAAAUCUGUUAAACUGUUUUCUUCUUAAUGUGUAUGUGAAUACGACCACUUGUAAGGCUGCCAGUAACAUUUUAAUGAAAGUGUUUGUGUGUGUGCGAUAGCGUGUGUGUGUCGAAACGAGAGAAACCAUAGAAAACUAUUUUAAGUAAACCCUAAUAUAUAUAUCUAUAUAUAUAUCUAUAAAUAUAUAUAUUGACUUGGCAUAAAAACAAAUCAGUACUUUGUUUAUUAGAUAGUACCAGUGGUAUUCUGUUCUCAGCUGCCACAUUUUUACAUUAUUUUUGCCCAAUUUGUGGGGCUUGUUGUCCACUAACAGCACUGCAGUGUCUCAAUAUCAAAAAAUCAGGAUCGGACAUACAGUAGGCUGCUAUAUUGAGAGGAAAAUACUGGAAUUGUGUUGCGUGUUAGUGUUUUACAGGUUAUUAGAGGAAAGACAGGGGCUCAGAGAUUCAGUGAAACUGCACAGAUACAGUUUGGAUUGGACAUGCUCAAUUCGUCAUCUGUCAAUGACGCAUACAAUACACUUGCUCUGGGAUGAGACAAAGUGCUUAUUAGCCCAGUUGAUUGCUUGUUGGCAUUGUAUAUGAGAUGAUGACCGUAAAAAGUAAUUCCUUUCAACGUUACUUUUAUUCAAUGUUUGUGAUGGGCAGCCAUUUUAUCCAUAGAGGGACCUACCACCACAAUAAAGCUGUGUUGUUGUUCUUAUAUUCUUUAUGUACACAUUUGUUAUCACGCCCAUAUAUCUGUACCUCAUACUUAUCUCAUACAAUACUGUGCCUCUGUUUAUAACAUGCUACAUGUGAACAGUUUAUUUGUAUAUUGAUAUUGCAUUUGUUUGAUUGUGUUAUGUAAAUAAACAGGAGGAAACAUGUA